AUGCAUAGCACUCAGGUGUGUACGGUAUAGUGGUCCACGUCACAAGCUCAUGGGAUUCGCUGUCUACACAGUCUCAUGCUCUGUAGAACACACAUAAGCGUAACAUUCGUCGAACCAUACUGUAUCCGGAGUCAGCAGUAUAGUAGUUCCGUCGCACUGCCCACGCCGGCGAACGGGUUCGUUCUCGCAAGCUUCAUACCGCAGCAUUGGAUGAGCUGAAGUCAUGGGCCCUAGGAACCGUGAUACAUAACCAUGGCCCCUUCGCAGAGAGUCCCCCGAUCUAGCAGGACGAAGCCGAUUUUGGAGGUUCUUGCCCAGCCCAGCGUCAAGCGGGUCCGGCGAACACGACCGAAGCAACCUGCAGAGGGCAGCAACGCACCAGUGAAGUCGCUGCCACUCGAACUAAUAACACACAUUCUUGAGGACGUCGACUCUCCGCGCACGCUCGCUAAUGCAAGUCGUGCAUGCCGCACCCUCCAACUCGAAGCCGAGCGUCUCUUGUAUCGCAAAGUAUACGUGGGGCGGGUUCCACACGUUCGCAGUCUGCACCGGGCUCUCACGAGGUCCUCAAGACGGGCGUCCUUCGUCAACGAAUUCGAGGCUCAUGACAAUGGGCGCAUGACUCCCGUGAUUCUCCUGGUGAUGGAGAUACUCCUCAUGCUCACAAGGCUUGAGCAUCUGAAGCUCAACCUGCACACACAGGAUUCUUGGCUUUGUAACUGGAAGAUGCCACACGAUGCCCUCCCACGCCUCAAAUAUGUGCAGACAUACCACUUUUUCUUCGUGCACACCAUCUGUGCCCCUCACGCAAUCACACACCUUCAUCUUUCUUUUAAUGAGGGGGAAAACCCAGCUCUCAACGAGAUUCUUCGAGUUGUGCGGCACCAGUUGAUCAGCUUCAAGUGCGAACGAGCGUCUUCAAUGGUCCGAACUCCCGUUUGGUCCUUGAUAUCGGACACACUCGAUUGCGGGCUCAUGCCAAAAUUGAGAUAUCUCGAGGUAGAAGACAUUAGUGAUGUCAGUGUAUGCAUCUGUUUUCCAUUGCCGUCCGCAUUCACUUUGCUAAUGCUCUCCACAGUUCCUGCCGUACUCAGACGUCCGUCGCGUGCAGAUGGGCAGGAUUACAUUGCACACGGUUGUCUGGUCUGCGUUGCAUGAUCAGUUCGACUACAUGUUCCCCGGCAUCGUCGGCGUCAACUACAACGCUGCCACCAGUGACAGUCGGCUGGCCUGUAUCCGUCCCUGGGUGCAGAAGAUCCUGGAGAGUUACAGCUCCUUGCGCCGUUUCUUCUAUGUGGAGCCAAGCGAGGGGGAUAGCGGCAUAUGGUCGACCUACGUGUGGUUGUUCACGUUAUCGUCUGAUGACAGGCUUGUGGAGGAAAAGAAAGAGGCGAGGGACUUACCUGUUUGGUCGGAUAUCUGAAAGCAUGCAUGUAUCACGGGUGGCCCGUGGGCGUUGUAACUAUAGGAACAGCAUGCAUUCGCCCUGAAGUUUGUCAUGACUGAAAGCCAGCAUACUUUGUGGAUUGAUCAUCGGCGAAUAGUUGAGGC